GUGCUCAGCUGGAAAUUAAAUUAUGUCAUCACUCUCUGUUUGCGUCAGGAACUACCCUGCUGCAAUUUCACACGUGUUUAUGCUUUCAAAGACUUUAGGACAGCAGGAACUGGCGUAGUAGGAGGAUAGUUUAAACCCCGAGAGGAAUGUGCGUGUUCACGAAAGACGUCGCUGAUUCUGACUGACUUUAGUAGACAGGAUGAAUAAUGAAAGUCCUGCUCCUCCUGCCACCGGCGCCAUUACUCCCCUCCAACAGAUGGUGGCGUCCUGCUCCGGUGCCAUCCUUACGUCGCUGUUUGUUACACCUCUGGAUGUUGUGAAGAUCAGGCUACAAGCACAGAAAAAUCCCUUUCCCAAAGGCAAAUGCUUUGUCUACUGCAAUGGACUUAUGGACCACAUAUGUAUAUGUGAAAAUGGGAAUUCCAAGGCCUGGUACAAAGCUCCAGGUCACUUUAGUGGCACGCUGGAUGCAUUUGUCAACAUAGUACGGCGUGAGGGAAUCAGGUCAUUAUGGAGCGGUCUACCUCCAACACUUGUGAUGGCAGUCCCAGCGACAGUGAUCUACUUCACAUGUUACGACCAGCUCUGUGCAGCACUGAGGGUCAGGAUGGGAGAAUAUGCUCAGAUGGCUCCUCUCCUUGCAGGAGCUACUGCUAGAGUGGGUUCGGUGACGGUGAUCAGUCCUCUGGAGUUGAUCCGCACUAAACUGCAGUCUCAGAAGCAGUCGUACAGGGAGCUGACCCAGUGCAUCCGCUCAGCAGUGGCCAAAGAGGGCUGGCUGUCUCUGUGGAGGGGUUUGGGGCCCACGCUUCUCCGAGACGUUCCCUUCUCGGCCAUGUACUGGUACAACUACGAGAUGGGCAAGAGCUGGCUGUGUGGCUUGUCUAACAUCACAGAACCCACGCUGACCAUCACCUUUGUAUCCGGAGCUGUUUCAGGAUCUAUUGCAUCUAUUGUAACUUUGCCUUUUGAUGUCGUCAAAACAAGAAAACAGGUGGAGCUUGGAGAGCUGCAAGCAAAGAACUUGCCAGGUCAGGCCUCCUCCACCUUCUAUGUGAUGUGCAGGAUUGUGGCAGAAAACGGGUUUAGAGGGCUGUUUGCUG